UUUACGAAUUUCCGUGACGUGUUGUCUGUCUAUCGUCACACAAACUAUCAUUUGUUUCCGCGGACUCUCGGCCUAUAACGAACUCCAUUGAUUUAAAGAGAGGAUGAGUGAGAGAGAGGAAGAGAAGCACAUAUAAACAAGCAAUACCUAAGCUGAUGCUUCUCAUUUGAUAAAACUGUUCCAUUGCCACUGUGGCUGCUUCUGCUACUACCGCUCGCUGUCACUACUACAUACAUUAUAGUCACAACGCACCGAGAUUCUUAAUAGCUUAGUUGUGUUGUCAGCAUCGCCAGAGUUUUUAUCUCACAUCCACUGAUCAUAUGAACAGCAAACUAUGGAAACUACAGAUCCUCCUCCAUCUACACAAGAGACGGCUUUGACCAGUAUAAUUUUAGCUUUUUUAUGUUUUAUUGCAGCUAUCUCAUUGUGUCAUGCUGAUUCCUGUUAUUCCUGUGCACAGUACAAAUGCCAAAAGGAGAUGAAUGGCGUUGUUGAAGCAAAGCAGAAUCCUGGACAUAAUUACAAAUACAGUUGUGGCAACUUCACUAAAUUAUCAAAAUGCAUUAUACACCAUCUUGAAAUAUGUGUUCAAAAGGGAGAAAAGAAUGAUAGCCAGACAUUCAUAGAUGAUGUUGUCAAACACUAUACAACAGACCCAUAUAACUGUCCAAAAGUUGAUUUUGGAGGUGCCAAAAAGAAUGAUGGUAACAGUGCUUUAAAGGCCCCUUGGACAAUACCCAUAGUAUCUGCAAUAUACCUGACCAAAUAUUUAUACAACUAUAUCUGACAUGGGAUUUAAGUGCUACUGGACAAUAAUAAUCCUGCUUUACAAUUGAAUGUUACAUAUGUAUAUAUAUAUAACUGAGUAUGUGUGUGUGUGUACAUGUAUGCAUGUGUGUGCAUGUUUGUGUAACCAAUGAAAAACGUUUCCAAGAGAAACAGUAAUCAUUUUUUUUCUUUAAACAAAAGGUUACAGCUAGUAACAUCUGAAUAUCAAUUGAUAAUGCAUUCUAUGUUCUAUGAUCAAAUCAGAAGAAACACUGAGCUCUAUAUAUGGAUGUACAGCGGAGUAAAUUUGUCAUCCAUGAUUCAACCAAUCAUAUCCCAAGAAAGGGUUUAUAACCUAUCUGUGAUAACAUAAAACUGUCUUGUUUCAUGUGAAGAGUGCAAAAAAACAAAGCAAAAUAAACAAAAAAAAAAUAUAUCAAAGAACACUUGCUCACUGAACCUGUUCAUUAUAGACAAUACCUCUUGCGGAAAUAAACAGAAAUAAUAGAGUUAAAAAUAAAAAAAGUUUUAAAGAA